AUGCCGUAUAUGAUGACGACAUUCAGCUCGCGCGCAGGCCGAGUCGCGGUACUCGCAGCCUUCUUCAUCCUGGGCCUGAUUUGGAUACUGCCCAGCCAUGAGGACCUCUCCGCGCCGACCUUCUAUGCAGGCAAUGGCUACAACCGCAGCCACCCCAUCGAUGCUCUUAUCGAUACCGCACAGACUGAUCUUCGCGAACUCUUGGGAACAGAGGCGCACGACCUUCAAACCGCUGCAGAACAAUACCGAGCACGCCGUGGAAGACAUCCUCCUCCUGGAUUUGGACAAUGGUACGAAUUCGCCAAGUCAAAAGACUCAUUGAUCAUUGAAGAAUUCUUCGAUCAGAUCUAUCAUGACCUCACUCCGUACUGGGCUCUCGAGCCAAAGCAAUUACGUCGACAAGCUAAAAGCAUCCCGACCCGAAUCACCGUUCGCAACAAAACCGCAAUAUUGAAAACCGAUGAGCCAAGAAAUUGGAUGGACUCGUGGUACGAUCUGGUCGCGAAAUUGGAAGGUGGACUUCCCGAUCUUGAUAUGCCGAUUAAUGUCAUGGACGAGACCCGCCUUGUUGUUCCCUGGGAGAUAAUCAACGAGUACGUGCAAAAGGAGCAGGCCGAUCGUGUGAUGACGGAUCCGAGCCGUGUUGUCCCCGAAUACAUGUCUUUGGCCGACUCCGAUCACGACGACCUGGUACCUUAUGAUCCUCAGUUUGCAGUUCCCGGCCAGGGAGGGUACUGGGAGAUGGCUCGGGUCGGCUGUCCACCGGGAAGUCCUGCACGCAAUAGCACCCUUCCCAUGGUGGACUUCAGUAGUCCUCCUUGGGAAUAUGACAAUUUUGAAAGAAUGUCAUACCACGGCUAUGUAUCAAACUACACCCUGGCUAAGGACCCUUGUGUACGCCCAGAGAUGCAAGUUCUGCACGGGACUUUCCUUGAGCCAAUCUCUGUUUCAACCUCGCACAACCUGAUGCCGCUGUUCGGUGGGUCCAAGCUUCCCAUGAACAACGAGAUCCUCCUUCCGCCAGCGAUGUACUGGGCACAGAACGACCAUUAUUCCGGCGGAGAGAAGGAGCACGGCGGUCGCUGGGAAUCGAAAGAAAACAAGGCUAUAUGGCGAGGUGCUGCUACCGGAGGUCGGGCUCGAGAGCCCAACUGGACGGGUUUCCAGAGACACCGAUUCAUGUCGAUGAUGAACGCGACAUCAGUGACUCAGGCCGAGAAGAACCAAAGCCAUGGUAUUAACUUCCGACUUCCAAACUAUGCCAAUUACAAGUUGAGCGACAACGGCUUCAUUCCAGAGCUUCUUUCAGAGCAUACCGACACGGGCUUCAAUCACCUGGUAUGCACACCUUAUAAUGAAACGGACCCGACUUGCCCGUAUCUCGAUCCGUACUUCGAGGUCGCACCUGGCAUGCCAAUGAAAGAGAUGUACAACUAUAAGUAUCUGCCCGACCUUGACGGGAACUCCUUCAGUGGCCGAUACCGCGGAUUCAUGUUGUCCACUUCCCUCCCCAUCAAAGCCACUAUCUACAAUGAGUGGCACGACUCGCGACUGAUCCCUUGGGUACAUUUCGUUCCCAUGGAUACCACCUACAUCGAUGUCUAUGGAAUCAUGGCAUAUUUCCUCGGCGGUCGUGACAAGACAGCCCGUCAGAUUGCCCUCGCUGGGAAAGAUUGGGGCGAGAAAGUCCUCCGACGGGAGGACAUGGAAAUCUACACUUACCGACUUCUGUUGGAGUACGCCCGCAUUUGCGAUGAUCAGAGGGAAUACCUUGGUUAUGUUGAUGAUUUCACAAUGUCCUGA